AAAUCGUCGAUGUGAUAAUUUUGUGAUAUUUUAAAAUGUUUUAAACAAAAGGAUUCACAUUAAUCAAACGGAUUCACAUUACCAAAAUGGGUAAGAAUAAGGGUAAAGGACAACCUCAAGCUUCUCGUGCGGAGCUGAUGGUAAUGACAGUAUCAGAGAUUAUUAAAGAACUGAUAAGUGCUCAUGAAAAAGGCGAAAAUGUAAACUUGAACAAAGUGAAAGGUGCAGCUGCAAGUAAAUAUGGAUUAAAGAGUCAGCCAAGACUAGUGGAUAUUAUUGCUGCUGUCCCACAAGCUUACCGAAAGGUUCUUGUGCCUAAACUAAAAGCUAAGCCAGUCAGAACAGCAUCUGGUAUUGCAGUUGUAGCAGUCAUGUGCAAACCCCACAGAUGUCCCCAUAUAAAUAUGACUGGCAAUAUUUGUGUAUAUUGUCCUGGAGGACCUGAUUCGGACUUUGAGUAUUCUACCCAAUCUUAUACAGGAUAUGAGCCAACAUCAAUGAGAGCCAUAAGAGCAAGAUACAAUCCUUUUCUUCAGACAAAGCAUCGUGUUGACCAGCUCAAGCAACUUGGGCACAGUGUUGACAAGGUUGAAUUUAUUGUGAUGGGAGGAACAUUCAUGUGUCUGGAUGAAAACUACAGAGAUUAUUUUAUCAGGAAUCUUCAUGAUGCUUUGUCUGGUCAYAGCAGCAAUAAUGUUGAUGAGGCUGUGAAGUAUUCAGAACGUAGCAAGACAAAGUGUAUUGGCAUCACAAUUGAAACCAGACCUGAUUAUUGUCUCAAAAAGCACCUUAGUUCAAUGUUGUCCUAUGGAUGUACACGACUUGAAAUUGGUGUUCAAAGUGUUUAUGAAGAUGUUGCUCGUGACACUAACAGGGGACAUACUGUUAGAGCAGUAUGUGAGUCAUUUCAUCAGUCUAAAGAUGCUGGUUUUAAGGUUGUAGCGCACAUGAUGCCUGAUUUGCCAAAUGUUGGACUUGAAAGAGAUAUUGACCAAUUUAUUGAAUUCUUUGAGAAUCCUGCUUUUCGUGCAGAUGGUUUAAAAAUUUACCCAACACUUGUAAUUAGAGGAACAGGUUUAUAUGAACUUUGGAAGACAGGUCGCUACAAAAGCUACCCUCCAAACACACUCAUCGAUCUGGUAGCGAGAAUUCUUGCCCUGGUCCCCCCAUGGACUAGAGUCUACAGAGUACAAAGGGAUAUCCCAAUGCCUUUAGUUAGUUCUGGUGUCGAACAUGGAAACCUAAGAGAACUAGCUCUAGCAAGAAUGAARGAUUUGGGAACACAGUGUCGAGAUGUCAGGACGAGAGAAGUUGGAAUUCAAGAGAUUCAUCACAAAGUCAGACCUUAUGAGAUAGAACUUAUCCGUCGAGAUUAUGUCGCAAAUGGAGGCUGGGAGACAUUUUUGUCGUACGAAGAUCCAGACCAGGAUAUAUUGGUUGGUCUAUUGCGUCUGCGCAAGUGCUCAGAGGAGUCGUUUCGACCAGAGCUGAAGGAGCGUUGUUCCAUUGUCAGGGAAUUGCAUGUCUAUGGCAGCGUUGUCCCAGUUAGUGCAAGAGACCCCAGCAAGUUUCAACAUCAGGGUUUUGGGAUGUUGCUGAUGGAGGAAGCAGAAAGAAUYGCUCGUGAUGAGCACGGCUCGCUUAAAAUUGCAGUCAUAUCAGGGGUUGGCACACGGAACUACUACCGCAAGAUUGGUUAUGAACUUGAAGGUCCAUAUAUGGUCAAAAGUCUGGUGACGUGAUCCAUGAAUACAUAUGUAUUACUUUGAUGAAAAAUAAAAAAGAUUUAAAUUAUUGACAACAUUAUGUUGUCGUUGCCAAAAAUA